AUGAGAGCUCUCUUCUUCUUCGUUCUAUUCUUCACUUUGUCGGUCUCGGUUGCUGCACCUUUCCAGCACGGCGCGGUUCGGAAUCUUCUCCGUCUGGAAGAACAGCUCAGAGCUAUUCAACGGAAUAGAGAAAUGCUUUCGUUCGGUUACCGGAGGGAGGUUAAACGGAGAGCCGCGGUCCUUUGUGAGUCUGAGAUCUUUGCGAAUGCUCUCGAAAUAUGUCAAGAACAAGUGAGUCACUUCUUCGUAAAUCUGGUACUGGUAGACAAUUUUAGACUCUCCCAAUGUCGCUGUCCUAA